AUCUUCCUCACGAGUAGCCAAACAACUCCUAAAACUUGGAGUCUUUGAGGGUUCAAGAUAUCUUCAAGUUUCAACCUAACUGGUGACUUUGCUUUCUCCCUUGUGCUCAUCAAAUUUUCUAGGAAAGGAAGUGAGGGAAGAGAUGGCGUCUCUUACAGAUAAUGGGCCGAUUUGGCCCAACAAUUGAUCGGCGGCCACAAGUGUGGUGCAGGAAAGCUCGGGCGACCUCCGCCACACGGGUGUUUUUUUUUUCUUGGAAGGGAAAUUUCCUAAGAUUUGAAGUCGAGAGAGAGUGAGCAAGCCUGAGGGAGAACGUGAGGUUGAGAUCGGCCAUGGAGACGGCGAUAUGCAGCAGAAUUACUCUCUCGCCCAACCAUGUCGUCAAUCCCAAACCAGGAGAUAAGCUGUCCCAACAUAGAGGCCCUUGUGCAAACCAUGGUGUUCUUAUGGCAAUAUCAAUGAGUGGACCUGGAAGAGGAGGUGGCUUGUUGGAUAAGCCAACCAUAGAGAAGACUACACCUAGUCGUGAAUCUGAAUUUGAUAUAAAGAAAUCUAGGAAAACAGCUCCUCCUUACCGUGUGAUAUUGCACAACGACAAUUACAACAAGCGUGAGUACGUAGUCCAAGUGCUAAUGAAGGUGAUCCCAGGAAUGACGCUCGAUAUCGCUGUAAACAUCAUGCAAGAGGCCCACCACAAUGGCCUAGCAGUUGUAAUUAUUUGCUCUCAAGCAGAUGCUGAGGAGCACUGCAUGAAGCUCAGGGGUAAUGGUCUCCAUAGCUCAAUUGAGCCAGCUAGUGGUGGCUGCUGAACUCUUCUAUUGCAUGACAAGUGACAAACCACAAGUAAAGUUUCGAUGUGAUCGAGUUUCCUUCUGUAUGUGGAUGUAGAUAUUCAAUAGGGCUGUCUGAAUGAUGCCAAUUUGAGGAUAGUGAAACGAAAUAGAUGGAGCUGCAAGAAGCAUAUGCAUAUAAUAACUCUUCACGUCAUGAUGUAUUCACCGAUGUAUCUUCUUAAUUAAACCGUACAUUGAUAUUAUGUUGAUAUGGUACCUACGAACCCUCUAGUUGGCCAUUGGGUUUGGUGAUUAAUACUUGAAACCCUUUUUGAUCA